CGUGCCUUACGACGUUGGCGUGACAUCUGCGCUUGCGCAGUACUCUAACCGCGCAGUUCCUUUUACUCAAGGUAUUUGAAAGCUGGCUCGGGAAGCGGUACGUCUGUACGACUUGUGGUGGCUCUCCAUCCCAUCCUAAAUUAAACUAACUAUCACGUUUUGAUCAUGGAGCUGAAUGAUGCUAACCUACAGACCCUGACUGAGUUCCUAAGAAAAACCCUCGACCCAGAUCCAACAGUCAGACGUCCUGCUGAAAAGUUUCUUGAAUCUGUAGAAGGAAACCAGAACUAUCCACUGUUACUUCUCACGUUGCUGGAGAAGUCCCAGGACAACGUGAUCCGCGUCUGUGCUGCUGUGACAUUCAAAAAUUAUAUAAAGAGAAACUGGAGAAUUGUUGAAGAUGAACCCAACAAAAUCUCUGAUCCUGACCGAACGGCAAUAAAAGCAAACAUUGUAAAUUUGAUGCUGAGCAGCCCGGAACAGAUUCAGAAACAGUUAAGUGAUGCCAUCAGCAUCAUAGGACGUGAAGACUUUCCACAAAAAUGGCCAGACCUUCUAACAGAGAUGGUGACUCGCUUCAGAAGUGGAGAUUUCCACAUCAUCAACGGUGUGCUGCGCACUGCACAUUCACUCUUCAAGAGGUAUCGCCAUGAGUUCAAGUCAAAUGAGCUUUGGUCUGAGAUAAAAUUGGUUCUGGACACGUUUGCUCUACCUCUGACUGAACUAUUCAAGGCCACAAUCGAGCUGUGUCAAACUCAUGCUACAGAUGUCAAUGCCUUGAAGGUCCUCUUCUCAUCACUCACACUUAUCGCCAAGCUUUUCUACAGUCUUAACUUUCAGGACCUUCCAGAGUUUUUUGAGGACAAUAUGGAAACCUGGAUGACCAAUUUCCAUGGCCUACUGACUUUGGAUAAUAAACUUUUACAAACAGAUGAUGAGGAGGAGGCAGGUCUCCUGGAGCUGCUGAAGUCUCAGAUCUGUGACAAUGCGGCUCUUUAUGCUCAGAAGUACGAUGAGGAAUUUCAGCCAUACCUGCCACGCUUUGUUACUGCAAUCUGGAACCUUCUAGUUUCUACUGGCCAGGAAGUCAAAUAUGACCUGCUCGUAAGCAAUGCUAUCCAGUUCUUGGCAUCGGUCUGUGAAAGGCCACACUAUAAGCAUCUGUUUGAGGACCAGAAUACACUCACAAGCAUUUGUGAGAAGGUCAUUGUGCCCAACAUGGAGUUCAGAAGUGCGGAUGAGGAGGCCUUUGAAGAUAACUCAGAGGAGUACAUCCGAAGAGACCUGGAGGGAUCUGACAUCGACACUCGCCGUAGGGCUGCGUGUGAUUUGGUGAGAGGACUUUGUAAAUUUUUUGAGGGACCAGUCACAGCAAUCUUCUCUGGCUACGUGAACUCGAUGCUGGCCGAGUACGCCAAGACACCUCGGGAGAACUGGAAACACAAGGAUGCUGCUAUCUAUUUGGUCACAUCGCUGGCAUCGAAAGCCCAGACACAAAAGCAUGGAAUAACACAAGCCAACGAACUGGUGAAUCUGACAGAGUUCUUUGUGAACCACAUUCUCCCUGAUUUAAAAUCCCCCAAUGUUAAUGAGUUCCCAGUGCUGAAGGCUGAUGCCAUCAAGUAUGUCAUGAUCUUCAGAAGCCAGCUUCCUAAAGAGCAGCUGCUGCAGGCAGUCCCUCUACUAAUAACUCACCUGCAGGCAGAGAGCACAGUGGAGCACACUUAUGCUGCACAUGCUUUGGAGAGACUGUUCACUAUGAGGGGACCCAACAACACAACACUUAUCACUGCUGCAGAGAUGGCACCCUUUACUGAACAGCUGCUCAACAACUUGUUCAAGGCACUGGCUUUUCCUGGUUCUGCAGAAAAUGAAUACAUUAUGAAAGCCAUCAUGCGCAGCUUCUCCCUGCUGCAGGAGUCCAUUGUUCCCUACAUCCCUACGCUGAUUGGUCAGCUCACUCAUAAGCUUCUCCAAGUCAGCAAGAAUCCCAGCAAACCUCACUUUAACCACUACCUGUUUGAGUCCCUGUGCCUGUCUGUCCGCAUCACCUGCAAGGCGAACCCCGCUACAGUCAGCAGUUUUGAGGAAGCACUCUUCCCCGUCUUCACGGAGAUCCUCCAGAACGAUGUUCAGGAGUUUCUUCCAUAUGUGUUCCAGGUGAUGUCUCUCCUCCUAGAGAUCCACUCUAACUCUAUUCCCGCCUCCUAUAUGGCCUUAUUCCCUCAUUUGCUGCAGCCUGUACUUUGGGAACGAACAGGGAACAUCCCCCCUCUGGUGCGCCUCCUUCAGGCUUACCUGGAGAAGGGAGGUGAAACUAUUGCUAGGUCUGCUGCUGAUAAAAUACCUGGCUUGCUUGGAGUUUUCCAAAAGCUUAUAGCAUCCAAGGCCAAUGAUCAUCAAGGAUUUUACCUUCUCAACAGUAUCAUAGAGCACAUGCCCCCAGAAUCACUCAUUCAGUACAGGAAACAGAUCUUCAUUUUGCUCUUCCAGAGGCUACAAGGUUCCAAAACCACCAAGUUCAUCAAGAGUUUCCUGGUGUUUGUCAAUUUGUAUUGUGUCAAAUAUGGAGCUAUAGCACUUCAGGAGAUUUUUGACAGCAUCCAGCCAAAAAUGUUUGGUAUGGUGCUGGAGAAAAUUGUUAUUCCAGAGGUUCAGAAGGUGUCUGGACCAGUCGAGAAAAAGAUCUGUGCUGUUGGCAUUACAAAGAUCCUCACUGAGUGUCCUGCAAUGAUGGACACGGAGUACACGAAACUCUGGACCCCACUGCUCCAGGCCCUCAUCGGUUUCUUUGAGCUUCCUGAAGACGACAGCAUCCCAGACGAUGAGCACUUCAUUGACAUCGAAGACACACCGGGCUAUCAGACUGCCUUCUCACAGCUGGCCUUUGCCGGGAAGAAGGAGCACGACCCAAUUGGAGAUGCUGUUGGCAAUCCAAAAAUCCUGCUGGCCCAGUCACUGCACAAGCUUUCUACUGCCUGCCCUGGAAGGGUUCCUUCAAUGCUGAGCACGAGUCUGAAUGCAGAAGCUCUCCAGUUCCUGCAGGGCUACUUACAGGCGGCUACUGUGCAGCUGGUUUAAAACCAAAGCAAAAUCUCAGUACCCUGCAGGAAUAGCCACAAUGACCCCUCGGUCACAUGACAGACCUGCUUCAGUUGAACUCGAGACCUGAAAGUUAAAUGGAUUUACCAGAGAAGUAAAUUUUGCCUGAAUUCAGGGUGUGUACUCCAAUGGAAGUCAUUUUAAGGUUUUUCUUUUAAGAAAAGGAAAAAAGGAACACGACCAAAACUGAAUUACUUUAAGAUAUCUGGGCCUUUUUCUUUUCAUGUGAUAAAGGCUAACAAGGAUUUGAAUGUCAGGUUGUGAAGCACUUACCAGUUUAUUUCAAAAACAUCAGCAACAGCAGCAGAUGUAAAAAUAAAUAAAAGAAAUUGAACGUGUGGGACGCUGAACAUGUAUUUCAAACAGGAGGGUUUAAAUCAUUUCUUUUGUAUGUUUGACUUCCUUUUUACGGUUAUGAGGCUGUAGUCUGUGGCUCAAACAUAAAGCUUAAUAUUUUUCUGUUGCAUGUUUCCCUUUAUUUGUUAAUGUCUUUGUUGUUUCUGCACUGUUUGUUAAUGUGAAUAAAAAGAGGCACUAGUAUGGAUCUGU